UAGUUUGGCGCGCAAAUAUCCGCCUCCAUUCGUACGCCGCUAUUCUCGUCUGCGAUCCGCAGCGCGAUGAUGAUCCCGUGGGGCGGCGUGGGGUGCUGUCUCAGCGCCGCUGCGCUGUAUCUCCUCGGGAGGAGCAGCGGAAGUGAUGCGGAGGUGCUGAGGUCGGUGGCGAGGGCGGGCAGCAUGAAGGAUUUAGCUGCUAUCUUGGACACUGCAAGUAAGGUCCUACCACUUGUAGUUGCCAUCUCUGGGAGAGUUGGUUCAGACACACCACUUAUAUGCCAACAAAGCGGCAUGAGAGGUGUAAUUGUUGAAGAAACGGCAGAGCAACACUUCCUGAAGCACAAUGAUGCCGGAUCCUGGAUUCAAGAUUCGGCAGUGAUGCUUUCUGUUAGCAAAGAGGUUCCAUGGUAUCUGUUUACAACUGGGAUGCUUCUCUAACCUUUAAACAAUCACUAGGAUGAUGGAACUGGACGUGUUUAUGUGGUCGGUGCUCGUUCUGCAGCUGGUUUAAUUUUAACUGUUGCCAGUGAGGUUUUUGAGGAAUCAGGGAGGACACUUGUACGUGGAACUCUAGAUUAUUUACAAGGGUUGAAGAUGCUGGGAGUAAAGCGAACUGAAAGGGUUCUUCCAACUGGAACCUCAUUGACAGUUGUUGGUGAGGUAUUAUUUCUAUUAUCCAUUGGCCAUUAAAGAUGAUGUUGGAACUAUUCGAAUUCAGCGACCGCACAAAGGACCCUUUUAUGCAUCAUCAAAGAGCAUUGAUCAACUUAUUGUGAAUCUUGGGAAAUGGGCCAAGUAGGAAAAUUUGUUAGAACAUAUUUUUGGUUGUUACUUCUUAGUUAGGGCAUCUUAUGCUAGUAUCAUGUUUGUGGCAGGUUAUACCGAAUUGCUUCCAUGGGUUUUGCAACAUUUGGUGUCUUCCUUCUUGCAAAGCGUGCACUACAGCAUUUUCUAGAAAGAAGACGGCGGCAUGAACUGCAAAAAAGGGUUCUUAAUGCAGCAGCACAAAGGCAAGCUAGAGAAGCUGAAGGGAGCAAAGGUACAUCAGACGCAGAGCCUAACAGUAAAAAAGAUCAAUUAGUGUUGGACAUAUGUGUCAUAUGCCUUGAGCAAGAGUACAAUGCUGUUUUUGUGCCGUAAGUAUUGUAUCUUUUCCAGAACUUGAAUGCUCUUUGUUGAGAAUGAAGCAACUUGAUUUUCUCUAUUUUUCUAUUUCCUUUUUCCCAUAAUUCCAAAUAUACUAGGCAACAUUAUGGUUUUCAUAUUUCCUGUUCACUAGUAGUUUCUUGAUUUUUCUCUUAAUGGCUUGCCUCAUAACUUGAUAGAACUUGAAUACUGCUAAGGCCUUCUUUGGAUGUUCAGUACUAAGGAACUAUAAUUCUAGAACCCAUUGAUCUGCAAAACCAUGGUGUUGGCACCGAUUUGGUCAUUUUUGGACCCUUUACUCGGCGCCAUAGCCAAUGGCGCCGAGGUAACACAGCUCGGCGCCAUAGGCUAUGGCGCCGAGGUGCGUGUUACGCUGGCACAAACGGACAUCGUGGCACCGACGUGGCACCGACAUGGAACCGAGCUCGGCGCCAUAGAUCUUGGCGCCGAGCUCUAUUAUGUACACAAAACUUGUCUAGCUCAGUUGGUAGAGCUCAAGGCUUUUAACCUUGUGGUUGUGGGUUCAAGCCCCAUGAUAGGCAUGUUUUCAUACUUUUUUUUUUUGUCUUUGACACUGAUUUUUUUGUUGUCCAGAUUUUUCGUUUAUGUCGCUGAUUUGUCCGUCUAGAUUUAUUUCUUAUCCAGAUUUUUUGUUUUUGUGACUGAUUUAUUUAUCCGUGCAUAUUUUUUUCGUUUAUUAAGCUUAAGGAAACGUACUUACAUUGGUUAGCGGCCACCGGUUUAGCUAUGGUGCAUCGUGGUUUUUUCGUUUAUGCCGCUGAUUUGUCCGUCCAAAUUUAUUUCUCAUCUUGAUUUGUUUUUGCUUUUGCGACUGAUUUAUUUAUUACAUUUUGUUUAAUAGUACUGAAUAAUCCGUCUGGCCCUUGGUGCAUUGUAAACCCCACAUGCUUAAGCUUGAUUCCGUCCUCUCGCUAAUUACAAGUGAUUUUAAACAUUAAAUAAUAUACUAAAAACAGAAGUACACCAUUUAAAAUGUUAAAAAUAUUUAUAUCAUAAACAAAUGAUUGUGUUAAUCUUACAUUAGUAGUGAUGUACAAUGAUAAAUUUUAAUUAAUAUUAAAAAGUAUAAUUUCGAAUACAUUAGAUUAUUGGAGUUUUAGAGUCCAAAAUAUAAAUAUACUUAAUAAACAAAAAGAUUAUAAUUAGAGUCCGGUAUAAAUAAACAGUGACUUGAUGAUUUUAUAAAGUACUUUGUACUUCCAUAGGGUGGGUUACUUAUGUGCAUGGUACUUGCGUCACGCAGUUUGAAUAAACAAAAACAAAAACAAAAAAAAUAUCUAGAUGAAUAAAUAAAUCGGUCACAAAAACAAAAAAACUAGAUGAAAAAUAAAUCUAGACGGACAAAUCAGCGACAUAAACGAAAAAUAUAGACAACAAAAAAACAAAUUAGUGAUAAAAAAAUACGUCCACGAUGGAGCUUGAACCCACAACCUCAAAGUUAAAAGUCUUGCACUCUACCGACUGAGCUAGACAUACUUUGCUGUUACAUAUCCGAGCUCGGCGCCAUAGAUCUUGGCGCCGAGCUCGAUACCACGUUGGCGCCACGUCGUUCAGGUUGGGCCAGCGUAGCACGCACCUCGGCGCCAUAGCCUAUGGCGCCGAGCUGUGUUACCUCGGCGCCAUUGGCUAUGGCGCCGAGUAAAGGGUCCAAAAAUGACAUUAAAAUUUUCUAAGGUCCAAACGUGAAUUUUUUUCUGAGGAAGGGCUAAAAUAUAAAAAAUUCGGUGUGUUUGUCGCUCGGUAGCCAGAGCCGGCCUGGGCCUGGCCUCCGCUCUUUCUCUUCCGCAUUGGCCAACAAGGCAAAGAGGGAACAAAACAACCGCCCUUGCAAGUGGGUCCAUUACUCCAUUCCAUCACAAUAGAACGGCAGCAACAAGGCCGCCACAGAGACGCAGACGCGAUCGCCGCCGGCCGUCCCCGCCCAGUGCGCUCUCGCGCUACACGUGCCAUGCCGCACGCAGCAAUGAGUAGCCGCCGCCGCCGCCGCCGCGGCGCUUAGCAAGCGACGAUGGAGAUGGCGAGCGCGCGGAGGAGGGCGAAGCCGCCGCAGGCGGUCGGCGGAGGCGGAGACCAGCUCGCGCUGUGGGCCGCCUGCGUGCUGCUCUCCUCGCUCUCGCUGCUCGUCGCCGCCGCCUUCUCCACGGGCUUCGGCGGGGCCGCGAGGCUCACGCUCGAGGCCGGCCCGGACCGGGACCGGGAGGCCGCGGGUGCGCUCGUGACGAGGGCAACUGGCGCCGGCAGCGGGAGGUACUGCGACGAGGACGACGACCUGAUCGACAGCAUGUCCGUGGACGGGGAGUGGGUGCUGCUGCGCGGCGCCGCCGAGCGGCUCUACGGGCCCGGGCAGUGCCCGUUCGUCGACGAGGGGUUCCGGUGCAGGGAGAACGGCAGGCCGGACGGCGACUACGCCGAGUGGGCAUGGCGGCCGAGGCGCUGCGCGCUGCCGAGGUUCCUAACUGCCAAGUGGUCGUGGUCAAGUCCCAAGCAUAUGCAUGCAUCAUAUAUAUUUGAUGUGUGUAUGCGUAUCAGAUUCGACGCGAGGAGGCUGCUGGAGAUGCUCCGGAACCGGCGGCUGGUGUUCGUGGGCGACUCCAUCGGGCGGAACCAGUGGGAGUCCAUGCUGUGCAUGCUGGCCUCGGCCGUCGCCGACGACAGGGACAAGCAGGCGAGCCCGGGCGGCGCCAGCAUAUACGAGGAGAACGGGAGCCCCAUCACCAAGCGCAAGGGCUUCCUCUCCUUCCGGUUCCGCGACUACAACUGCACCGUGGAGCACUACCGGUCGCCGUACCUGGUCCGCCGCGGCCGCCCGCCGCGCCACUCGCCGAAGCGCGUCGCCACGGCGCUCCGGCUGGGCUCCAUGGACGCCAUGGCGCCCCGGUGGAAGGACGCGGACGUCCUGGUGUUCAACACGGGACACUGGUGGAACCACGAGAGGCUGCAGCAGUUAGGAUGCUACUUCCAGGACGGCAAGACGUUGCGGCUCAACAUGAGCGUGGAGGACGCCUACGAGAGGGCGCUGAACACGCUGCAGAAAUGGGUCCAAAAGGAAGUGAACACAACAAAAACGCUGGUCGUCCUACGAACAUACUCGCCGGCACAUGUAAGGGCGUCAAACGGUGGUGGAGGUGGGUGUGUCAGGGAGACGGCGCCGGAGCUGAACACGUCGAGGAUCGCGCUGCACCGGUGGCCGGGCCUGCUCAACCCGAGCCCGGCUUUAAUUGAAGCGGCGAAGAAGCGGCAGCUGGCGACGAUGCACGUCCUGAACGUGACCCUGAUGACGGCGCAGCGGCGGGACGGCCACCCGUCGGUGUACAACGUCCGCCUCCCGUCGCCGGCGGCGGCGCAGGAGCAGGUGACGACGAGGGCGGCCGACUGCAGCCACUGGUGCCUGCCAGGCGUGCCGGACGCGUGGAACGAGCUCCUCUACGCUUUGAUUCUACAUAGGACUAGGACUACGUCAUUAGGAGGUUCAGACUGAGGUGUUUUUUAUUGGUUAUAAUUUAUUUAUAGAGGAACUAUAUAUAUCUUCUAAUAAUAAUGCUAAUGAUGUGUCCGGCCCA